AUGCUCAGUUUACGUCAAUCUAUGCUCAAAAAGAGCUUGACUGUAAGUUCUUCUAGAUUCUUAUCAGCAUCUGCUACUCGUUUGCAAACCAUUGGUGAUAUCAAGGGUAACGAUGUUAACUCCACCAAAUACUUGGGACAAAAGUACCACGUCAUUGAUCAUGAAUAUGACUGUGUUGUUGUGGGUGCUGGUGGUGCAGGUUUAAGAGCUGCCUUUGGUUUGGCUGAGGCCGGUUUCAAAACUGCCUGUAUAUCUAAGUUGUUCCCAACUAGAUCUCAUACUGUUGCUGCUCAAGGUGGUAUCAACGCUGCCUUGGGUAACAUGCACAAGGAUGAUUGGCAUUGGCAUAUGUAUGAUACCGUCAAGGGUUCUGAUUGGUUGGGUGACCAGGAUGCUAUCCAUUAUAUGACUAGAGAAGCUCCUGAAUCUAUCUACGAAUUGGAAAACUACGGUGUCCCAUUCUCAAGAAAUGAAGAAGGUAGAAUCUACCAAAGAGCCUUUGGUGGUCAAUCAAAGGAAUACGGUAAGGGUGGUCAAGCUUACAGAACUUGUGCUGUUGCCGACAGAACUGGACAUGCUCUUUUGCAUUCCCUUUACGGUCAAGCCUUGUCCCACAAUUGCCAUUUCUUCAUUGAAUUUUUUGCCUUGGAUUUGUUGAUGCAAGAUGGUGAAUGUGUAGGUGUCAUGGCUUACAACCAAGAAGAUGGUACUUUGCACAGAUUCAGAGCCCACAAGACUAUCAUGGCCACUGGUGGUUAUGGGAGAGUUUACUUCUCCUGUACCUCUGCUCACACUUGUACUGGUGAUGGUUAUGCCAUGGUUGCUAGAGCUGGUUUACCAUUGCAAGAUUUGGAAUUCGUCCAAUUCCAUCCUUCAGGUAUCUACGGUUCCGGUUGUUUGAUCACUGAAGGUGCUAGAGGUGAAGGUGGAUUCUUGGUCAACUCUGAAGGUGAAAGAUUCAUGGAACGUUAUGCUCCAUCUGCUAAGGAUUUGGCUUCUAGAGAUGUUGUUUCUAGAGCUAUUACCAUGGAAAUUAACGCAGGUAGAGGUGUUGGUCCAUUAAAGGAUCACAUGUUUUUGCAAUUAUCUCACUUACCUCCAAGUGUAUUGAAGGAAAGAUUACCAGGUAUCUCUGAAUCUGCUCAUAUCUUUGCUGGUGUUGAUGUCACUAAGGAACCUAUUCCAAUUUUACCAACUGUCCAUUACAAUAUGGGUGGUAUUCCAACCAAAUGGACUGGUGAAGUUAUUAAGAAGAAUGAAAAGGGUGAAGAUGAAGUUGUUCCAGGUUUAUUGGCAGCCGGUGAAGUUGCAUGUGCUUCUGUCCACGGUGCUAACAGAUUGGGUGCUAACUCCUUAUUGGACUUGGUUGUUUUCGGUAGAGCUGUUUCUCACACCAUUAGAGACCAAUUGACUCCUGGUACCCCAUUGAAACCAGUUCCUGCUGAUUUGGGUAAGGAAUCUAUUGAAAACUUGGAUAAGUUAAGAAAUGCCUCUGGUAGUAAAUCUACUGCUGAUAUCAGAUUGGAAAUGCAAAAGACUAUGCAAAAGGGUUGUGCUGUGUUUAGAACCCAAGAAACAUUGGAUGAAUGUGUUGACCACAUCAAGAAGAUUGAUGCUUCAUUUUCUGAUGUCAAGACCACUGAUAGAUCUAUGAUUUGGAAUUCAGAUUUGGUUGAAACCUUGGAAUUACAAAACUUGUUAACCUGUGCUACCCAAACUGCUCAUUCUGCUGCUGCAAGACCUGAAUCAAGAGGUGCUCAUGCUAGAGAUGAUUAUCCUACAAGAGAUGAUGAAAACUGGUGGAAGCACACCUUGUCAUAUCAAAAGGAUUUCGGUGAUGAAGUUAAAUUGGAUUACAGAGAUGUCAUCAAGACCACUUUGGAUGAAAAUGAAUGUAAGACAGUUCCUCCUGCUAUUCGUUCUUAUUAA